UCACAGCCUCUUGGAUAAUCCAGAUAAAAAUGGGUCAAUACCCGACUUGAAUACAAUGAUAUUUGCUCCAGAGUUGGAGCAACCCGUUAACAUACGGGUCUGAACAUUCAGUUACGCUGCACUUGCAGUUCUCUAUCCCUACAUUUUAGCCAUGUGAUUCGAACGUGCCAAAUUUCAAACUGGGUAGUUAAUGGAUUCAUUGUGCUUUUAGCAACUUCUACAGUCUGUGUUCAUUGCAAGAAAUCGUCUUCUAUGGAUACGUCUGACUUCAUUAUUUUGUUUUGUGUUUGGGCAGGAGAUGAUCUUCAAGCGUUGGUUGAAAAUUCAUGACUUCAGGUAUCUCUUAUCAUCUUACUUAUUCAAUCAAGGUACACAUUGAUUCGAUUUAUAUAUUAUCAAGGUCUCAUUGGUUCAAUUCAUGUAUAUAUAAAGUUCAUAUCCCUCUUUUUUAUCAGGAUAUUGUAAGUUACAUGGUUAUUUUGAUACAAUCUUGGUAGUUCCUUAGCUGACCAUUUUACUUUGGUAUUUUGCAGAAUAAUGAAUGUGAGAUAAAUAGAGAAUUACUCAGAUUCUAGAUUACUCACGGUUUGUAGACCUAACUGUUCGAUUAAAUUUCUUAUAGAGAUUUCAACUGUGUUUUAAUCUUACAUAUAUAUUUUGUUGUAAUUUAAAUUUUGAGAUGCAUAUAUCACAAUUGUAAUUGCUUCCUGAAAGAGAGUUAUCUGUUUUUAGAUUACACACGGUUUGUACAUCAAAUGUUCGAUUAAAUUUCUUAUAGAUAAUAUAUGAUCAUAUAUGCUUACUAAUUACAACUUGAUACAAUGUGGCACUGACAGGUUCCUCCGGCGUAGCUCAUUCAGAAAAAACCACUGAAAAAGAUACUCAUACGAAAUUAGCUCUUAUGAAUGAUGGCAUUUGUGUUACGCUGAUUGACCAGGCCACUCUGCAGCAACCCCAAGCUCCUGCUUCGCUCUAGGUGUGUACAUAAUCCCAUGGGUCUGGAAUAAAUUUUAUGCAAAGGAGAGGACAUGGGUCUGUAUUCCAAACAGAGCUCAGGCCAACUACUGAAAGUCCAACUGCGGUUUCAGGUUUGAAGCGGCCUCCUCUGUCUCUGCUGUCACCGUCGUCUAUACGAGAAACUGAAUCAACACCCAAAUCCAACUGCACAAUUAAGUAGUCCUGGAGAGCAAGAUGUUUCUGAGUACAGGAAGAGCUUAGCCACCCGUGUUUCUGGUUUUGAUGUGACAGAGCAAGAUAUUUGAGGACUGUGGAUUUUCAGUUGAGAUAAUGAAAGCAAUAUCUGGACAAGCAUAUGAGAAGACUACGUCAAUACAAUGUCAAGCUUUUCCAGUUGUGCUCUCCGAAAGAGAUAUUAUUGGUAUAGCAAAGACUGGUUCAGAUCGAAACGUGAUGCACGAAAAGGAGGUGGCAAAAGAGCAAAAGGAAGGGGAGGAGGCGGCAAUCGAGGCGUGCGUGGGGUGGACUUUGGUCUGGGUAUCGGAUAUAAUGCAGAAUCUAAAAGUGCUCCAUUGCAUGUUGUUCCUGGUCGUUCUGCAGCUGUGAACUCACUGAGGACAGGGAUGACGGCACAAUUUAAAAGCAGUUUUGUUGCUGCUUCAUCUGGCACCCUUAAUGCAAGGUUGAGUUUAGUUCAGGCAUGCAAGCUGGCAACAGGGUGUUGCGUGGUUUUGUGUCGGGUGGUUCUAUUGGGGGAGGUAGGCAUACUCCUCCAGCAAGCAGUCAAGUGAACUUCUCCAAGAAGCUCAGACUUCAGAGUGCAGAGGAAACACGAGUCAAAAGAACUCAGAAAGUUCUAAAGAAAGAGCAAGAGAAAGACGAAGACCCUCAGGCUGAGAUCUUUAGAUUUUGCAGUGGAAGAUGUUUGAAAGUUAAGUUUAAUGCAAUGUUUAGCUUCACUUUUGUUCAACCUUAUGUAUUGCCACCCUGAAAGUUGCCCAAUGUUCUGUGCUGCCUAA